AAGCCCUGAGGACGAGCACUGGCAUGGACGGCGGCUUCCUGUUCAACACAAUGUACGAAUUUGAAGCCCGUUUAAAAUGUUAAGGAAGAACAGUAAUACUUUAUAUAAUAUCGUACGUUUGCCAUUUGUACGUCUGUUUGACGUGGGCGCAGACAUUGUUCAAGGCUUAAAUCCUGGAAGAGUUAGGAGGUAACGUCAGCUCAGCUCACCGAGCCGGAUGGAGGAUCACGAUUAGGUCCAUCAACCUGCUGUUUACCUAGGGAGAUCAGCUACUGAACUAGAAUGUGAGGUAGACACCUCGGUUGAUCUGGUUUCGAGUGUGUGAGUGUCCCGAUACCAAGUGAAGAACAUGUCCCAGCAAAGUGUUUACUUGUGGACGUUGUUGUGGAUCGCAUCCCGCCUGUGUGCCUCUCUGGAGACCCAGAAUACCCACCAUGAUACCCUGGAUGUUCAGAAGAGCUCUCUGAAGACCCAGAAGACCCACUAUGAUACUCUAGAGAUUCAACGGACCGCUACCGACCGACAAAUCCAGAAAGCUUUCCACAAGCUGGCGGUGAAGUUCCACCCUGACAAGAACAAAAGCUCCGGGGCGGAGAAGAUCUUCCGGGAGAUCGUUGAAGCCUACGAGGUCCUGUCCAACCAGGACUCCAGGAGGACCUACGACUACCUGGGGCACGAGGCCUUCCUGCAGGACGACAAGGACUUCCACCACCACCACGAGGAGCACUCAGACGAAGACUUCUUCCACUUUGAUUUUGACGACUUCUUCUCCAGCCUCGGCCUGGACGAUGAAGAUGAUGACGAUGACCUCUUCCUGGACGAGCCGCUCCACCACAGCUGGGGGUUUUCCAGGGGGGGCGAGGACCUGGAGGCCCUCGAAGAGGAGCGAGACAUCCUGGAUCACAUCUUCUUCGACACGCGGGAACAGCAUUAUUACUACGGUCUGGGGGACGACGAUGAUGACGAGGAGGAUGAGGAGUACGCCUUCUAGCCUGGAGCAGCUCUGAGACACAACGUCUGAACUUUGUGAACUGGACUCGUCCCUUCUCUCCUCUCUCACUCUGUAUGUCUGCUAUGAUGUGAUGUAUUUAAUAAAAGUUGAAGCAUUUAUCUACUUUA